UGCCAGAGCACAGUAGUGCAACAUCAACGGAGACGGGAUAAAGAAGCUCUGUGCGAGGGACAAGGGAAACAGAGGAAUACACGUUUGAAGAAAAACAAAGAGGGGAUGGAAUGAAAAAAAGCAUCCUACUGCUGUUGGUUAUCCUGUUUCAUCCCAUUUCUGUUGGAGAAUUCCAUAAGCAAAGAAACAGAGAAAACACAUACAUGUGAUAUAUAUAUAAAAUUCCUAUACAUAUAUAUCAAAUUAUGCCUGUUUUCACAGAAGCUGCUUUUGGGGGAAGGACUGUGUUGAGGUCCCUUGCAUAACAAUUGGAAGACUGCUUUAAUGUGCAGCAUUUGGUAAAAACUGUUGCAUAUUAAUGCUUUUUGCAAAUGAGCGUGAUAAAAGACCACAAACAACACAAACAGCUUUGCUGCAGUCCCAUUUUUGAAAGGCUUCUUGAAAACAGGAUUUUGCAUUGCCUUUUGUUGCCGCCUCUCCAGUUAUCCUGCCCUUGGAACAGGCUGGGGAGUUGAGGCUUGGGUGUGUUGCAUGGACCGCAGUCCACAGGCUCAGUAAUACCUUCCUCUAUUCACAGCAGUAACACGGCAGAAAGCCUGCUCUUUAGUUGUGUCUGAAAGAGGGAGAGGUAAGUGAGGAAGACAGAGGCAAGCAGAGAGCAAGAAACAACAUAAAGCAUCAGAGAGGGAUUAUGGAGUCGUGGUAAAUAAACGAAGACAAGGAAAACGAGGAAGGGACUACAGUAGAGAAGUGGGACACUACGUAGAAAUGUAAUUACACCACAUGUUCGCUCAAAAGUGACCUUCUCAUACAUUUAGACGAGGGAGGACUAGACUCCACAGGCUGGGGGGAUUGUUCAGCACGCUGCCCUUGUCAUUCCCCUAUCCUCUGCUUGGUAGCACUUGUGGGGUUGUAGUUGUCUGGCAGCAGAGCUGUAUUGGUGACCCCAUCCUUUUAGGUUCCCUCUCAGGUGUGGUGUGGAGCCGAUCCGACAGCACCAAGAGAAACCCACAACAACAGAGAGUGACUGGACCCCCAUCCCUCUAAACCCAUUAAGCCAAACUGACACUGACGGAGCGCUGUCGCCUAUGGAUUUGAAUGUGUGUGUGUGUGUGUGUCUGUGAGAGUGUGUGAGCGUGUGGGAUAAAGGCUGCCCGCCUCAGGUGCUGAGGACUGCUUUUAAAUCUGGACUAAAUCAUCAUUUCAGUUUAGAUCUCGUAGGACAAUAUUGAAGAACUGCAGGCUGUACUUUCGCUGGAGGGGGUGGAAACAAAAACCCACAUACUUUUUUCUUCUGGCAUAAUACAAUAUUGAAGACCAAUUGUAGAAUAGCAUCUAACUGGAAUUGCACAUCUGGAAAGGAAAGGAAUGAGAGCAUCAUGUUGCACUUAGCAAAGGGAUUAAAAAUGUCUACAAGAAAAAUAACAAAGAAUCAAAUGAACAUUCAGGUGGAGACCAGGCAGUUGCUAGAGGCAAGAUAAUCUGAGAGGUGAAUAUCAACAACUAACAUAUUUAUAGAUUAUGACAAGUGGAUUAUUUAGAAAAAGCCAGUGCUUUGCCCUUUCCCCCUCUUCAGCAUUGAUUAAUGCUUGGCAGGGCAAUUAUCAAAAUCUGUGUGUCCCUCUCCUAAAUGAAGACGUUUACAGAAAGGAGCUUGGAGCCUUGAGGAAUCUGCUUUUCCCCUGGCGCUGUUGGGAAUCCAAAUCUCUCUGGUUUACGGAUAACAUUUUUCCUAUUGUGGUGAGAUUUCUUUUUAAUGCCACGGGCCAGUUAAUUUCUGGGUGACACCUCCUAAACUGGAGAUGCUCCAGAUUUCAGAUCACAUCUGCUAUUGACAUUUGGCAGAAAAGGGCGGUAUUUUUGCAACGCUGCCAGAACUGUGUGUCUGAGUCUGGGACUGAAUCACUGGGGACUCAUUUGUGAGGAGCAGGUUGAGAUUCGAGGUUAGUUUGUUUCACUUACUUGCUCAUCCCCCUUCUUGAUGGCAAUUUAUUACUUCACACUGAGACUCCUGUACCUGAGUGUCGUAAUAACUCUCAGCAAGGUAAUUGAAAGCUCUUAUUCUUUCAGGCAGCUGCUAUGAAUAUAGGCUAAUCCAUAAGCUCUCAACUCCUUUUCAAAUCUCUAGUGUAUGAAAUACCGAAAAGGCUAUUUUUCCAUGUCAAUUUUUUUUGGCCAGUAAGAAGCCUGCGUUUCUGAAGUUGGUGUUAAUUGGCCUGCACCAGCUUUGAGACACUUCAGCAACUGAACAGAAGCAGCAUCCACAGGUAUCUAACAUGGCUGCCCAUUCUGUGCUCAUCUGCCUCGCCUUCAGCUUUCUGCUGGGCUUCACUUCACUGGGCCAGAACUCUAGAGAGGCUGGGGCCGAUGCCCAGGCCACCAACCAGACGGCAGCCACCUCUAAUUCUCUGGAGGCUACGCUGGCCACUCCGGUGGCGGAGGACCAGACCAUCCCAAUGAUAGGCAGCCGCUGCCGGGGCUACUACGACGUCAUGGGCCAAUGGGACCCACCGUUCAACUGCAACGCGGGCGUCUACCUGUUCUGCUGCGGCUCCUGUUUUUACCGCUUCUGCUGCCAGUUUAAGGUGCACAGCCUGGAGCAGGAGUCCUGCUCCAACUACGACACGCCCGUCUGGGCCAACACCGGCAAGCCGGCAGCCCCCGUCACUGAGGUGCAGGAGGAGCCCGACCGAGACCGCACCCACAUGAUCGUCUACAUCAUCUGUGGCGUGGUGGCCAUCAUGGUGCUGGUGGGCAUCUUCACCAAGCUGGGCCUGGAGAAGAGCAGAGGUGGCCAGACAGACAUGACCAACUCUAGGGCCUUGACAGAGUUGUUGAAGCAGCCCGGAGAGGUGGGCGGAGUGGGCGGGGCCGGGGCUCACCACCCCAUAGGGACCAAUGGGAUCUCUGGCAGGUCACUGCGCAGCAACAACGAUCACAACCACCUGAAUAACGCUGCCCUCUCACCCCUGGGUCCAGCGAUGGCACUCUCCCACCCUCACAACAACCUUGGUCUGGGCUUUAACAAGUGCGCCUCCCUCAAGGCUGUGGGGGUUUGGCCACUGGAUAACAGAGCUCUUACUGUAUCUGAACAAAGGAGGACAUUGUUGAGGUCUCUGGGGGUACCAGCAGAUACGGCAGCAAGAGACUACUACAAGGGCUACCCGAUGGUGGACUACUCCCGCCACCACUCCUCGCCCCCACCUUCCAACAUCCACGCCCCACUGGCCAUAACCAUCACCGCCGCCCAGCUCCCCAAGCCCAAGGUCUCCAAGACUAACACCCACCCGCUUACCUCCAGCUCGGCCUUCAAAGUCUGGGACCCUAGUAAGGGCCAUGUCCAGCAUCCAACGGCCUCCCACAUCGGGCAGCAGUUACAUCAACAGCCCAACAGCCGCCGGCAGGCCUACUCCAACAAGCGGCAGUUCAGCAUUGAGACACUCCCGGAACUCUUCUCCCAGCCCCUGGGCUAUGGACAGUCGCCCCACAUGCACCCCAAAAACAAAGGGCUGCCCACCAACAGCAAGACAGAGGUCACAGUCUGA